UCGUAUCGAAAGCAUCAGUUCUUCGCUUUUUUUACGAAUACAUCAUGGAAAAAACAUACUCGAAAACCAAUUAUUGCGUUUCUUGGAAAACCCAUUCAAAACACGUAUUCAAAUCGUUAUGCUGCUUGAUGGAACAUCAAAGUUUGGUGGAUAUCGCUAUUUGCUGUGGAAAUAAAACUCUUCAUGCCCAUAAGUGCAUACUGGCAGCGAAUAGCCAUUACUUCAAGGAUGAAUUCGAGAAGAACCCAUCCGUGGAACAGAUCGUCAUUUCUGGUUUCGACUUCGGCGUGCUGAAAUCGAUUAUUGAAUUUAUGUAUUGUGGGGAAACCAUUAUAGAAGAAGAAAAUGUGAAAUUUCUGAUUGGUGCAGCCAAACUUUUUCAAGUGAGAGGAUUAGAUACUUUAUUCUCAGAUAGGCAGGAACAUCAGCAUUUGAUUGAAGAUGUAUAUAUUCCAUAUCCGCAAUUUAUGAGUAAUAAACCGAAGUAUCCAGUGGCGUAUCACGCCCCCAAUAAUUCGCAAGUGCCAAAUGACGUUGGCUUGAAAAUUCCCGCAUUCAAUAUUAAUGAUCCAUUCAACAAAAAGAAACUGAAGCGGAAAUAUUUGAGAUCUGAGGCUGAAAAAGCUUGCGCUAAAGAAGCUCAUGCUAGCAGGAUGGCUCUGGCCCAUUUACAGAAAGAAAUCGCUACAACUUCUCAGGUGAAUUCAUUCAUUAUUGAAGAGUCUUGUACGGAAACAACUGUUGAAAAUUUCAUCCCUCACGCUGAUGAUUCAUGCAUUGAAGUGUCGAAGGCUGUACAGCCAGUACAAUUAAUUGAUUACACAGACACAGGCGCUGCCUUUAACUGUAACAACACCGUGAAUACGAAGCAGAAUCUGUUACAGUUCGGUACCGUCUCGAAUUCACAGGAAAUUAUGUCUGAUAAGUUGAAGAAUAUAUUUGGUGGAGAAUCUCAAUCUGAUAUAGAGAUAAUUUUCAAAACAAACGAUGGAAACUUCGUGACAGUCAACGAUGAAGUAUUACAGAAUAUAUCGAAAGGCGGGCUUCAGUAUCAAAUUGUGGAUGAAGAUGGACAUGUCGGAGAAAUUCAAGAUCUCAAACCGGCUACAGAGAAAAUCGACAGUCACCAAGGUAUAGAAAUGAUAAAAGAUUUCAUGAGAUCUGCGAAAAUAUCCUCCACUGCACCUCCAUCGACUUGUACAGGUAUGAUUAAUGACGAAACUAGGACUGACCAUGGUAGUAUGUCAGAAUUCAAAGCAAGAGAGCCUUCGUUGUCGAAUGCCGAUUCGGAAUUCACCGACAGAAAACCAAUCCAAUUUAUGCUGAUCGAUAAUGGAGAUUUCGACGAUGGUAUUAUAGAUACAUAUUCUCAUUCCAUCAAGAUUACAUCGGAGAAGGAGCCUUCGGAGUUGACGAAGCAUCUGAACGGUCACGAUUUCUCAACUUUCAGCGCAGUUGUCGAUAGGGAGAACUCCAUGGAUUACGACAAAUCGACAUUGAAAUUUUCACCUGAUAUAUUUUUCGCCGAUCCGUCGAAUUCGAAUAAUGAAACGUCUGAUCAGAAGUAUUCUAUAGAGAGAAGGGCCUAACGAUUAUUUUCUGUUUGUCAAGGGUUCAGAUUUUAUGUUCUAUCUUAAUUAAAAUGUUGAGUUUUGA